AUGGAGCACGUUGCGCGAUUUUCGGCACAAUGCGGAGAGGCCGGAGCCCAUGACUUUUGGAAGCUGCGUCUGUUCGCUAGUUCCCUCACUAAAAUGGCAUUCACAUGGUAUUCCCACUUAUCGCCUAACUCGAUCGGCGCGUGGAAGGACUUGGAAAUAAAGUUCCAUGAGGAAUUCUACAGAGCACCACCCGAUGUCACCUUGGCCGAUUUAGCAAGAAUCUCCCAGUUACCGAGUGAGUCGGUAGAAAAAUAUAUCGACCAUUUCCGGAACUUAAGGACAAGAUGCAUGACUCAAAUCUCUGAGGGAGAUUGCGUGCCAAUGGUUGUGAAAGGAAUGAACUUCGCCAUGAGGGAACAUUUUGAAGGUCACUGCUUUAGAGACUUGUUUGAACUCAUAAACAGGGUUAGGAGCUACGAGCGAUUACUCCAAGAGAAGGAACAGAGGCGAGGUUCCUCCAAGGGCACGUACUAUCGAGAUCAGUUAGACGUCGCGGUCAUUACAGAUAGUGAAGAUGACUCAUCAGAUGAUGAAGCCGAUGACAUCUUCGAUGCUCUAUUGAAAGAUGGGCAUAUCUCUUUAUCUGAAUGCCAUGUCAUACCUUCAAGUGAAGAACUAGUUGGCAAAGAUUAUUGCAAGUUUCACAAUUCUUGGAGACACAACACUAAUAAUUGCGUGGUAUUCCGAAAUGUGGUCCAAAAGGCGAUUACUGAAGGAAUGUAG